AUGGCGAGGAAUAUCGCCAAAGAGCAGUUCGUCAAGCUCAUUGUCGGCGCUGGCCAAGCUAGCCCAAGUCCGCCCGUCGGUCCAGCCUUGGGUAGCAAAGGUGUCAAGAGCAUGGACUUUUGCAAGGAAUUCAACGCCCGUACUGCUCACAUCAACACCGGCGUUCCCAUCCCUGCGCGCGUCACCGUCCGCCCCGACCGAUCCUUUGCCUUCGACCUCCGCACGCCCACCACCACCUAUCUUCUGUUGAAUGCGGCCGAGGUUGAGCCUCGCAAGGGCCGGCUGCGUGGUGCCAUGAACCCCGGCCAUGAGAUCUGCGGCACCAUCUCGCUGAAGCAUGUUUACGAGAUCGCCCAAAUCAAGCACACCGAGACGCGGCUCUCGGGACUGAGCCUGCAGGGCAUCUGCAAAAGUGUCAUCGCGCAGGCCAAGUCAAUUGGUAUUCAGGUGGUGCCAUGA